UAAGUAAGAUUCUACGCCGUCUCGCAGUCUCUCUCUCUCUCUCUCUCGUCUCGCGCAACGGCAGAUCAUUUCGUCGCCAAUUUACCACCACCCUCCCCCGCUCUGUCUCUCUCUCUCUCGAUCUCGAUCGAUCGAUCGGCUUCCCCUCCGUCUUCAACCUCGAGCUCGCGCUCGAUCUCGAUCUCUUUCCCCCAAUCCGCCGUUCCGUCGUCGCCUUCCCCUCGCCUGCUUCGAGGAAGCCCUAACCCUCGAUUUCCUGCGCGGCCUCGGGGAAAGGUCCCCCUCUCCUGCCUCGUUCCGGGCCCCGUUUUCCGUCGGCAAUCGGGCGCCGGUCGAGGCCUGUUCAGCGUGAUUUUAUCCUCCCGACUCUGCAAGCGUGCAUUGAUCGUUUUUGUUUGCUACUCCAACGCAGGCAGUAAUUGCAGAUGGUAAUCCAAUAGUUCCCAUCAUUGGAUGUUUUUUUAUUUCUCAACGUCUGUUUCCACCUGCGGUGUCCGCUGAGGCUUCUGCCUUCUGUGGUUGUCCUUUGGGUCUUGUGGGAUGAUUUUAUAUUGCCGCUACCAUUGUUGAUAACGAUAUCAGUGAUUGGCGAGAUAUUUCACAAGUCAAAGACUCUGCCGCCAAGGAUGAACUUCCAGCAACUUGCACAUCCCAAGUCUUCUGCUAAUGGAAUUGGCCGUCGUAAAGGUGAAAGAGAAGGAGGAAUGAGGCUGGACAAUAGGCUGCAUUCUGGAAAAUCUGGCAUCAGCAAAACUGGCAGCACAGGUUCCAUGGCCGACAGCAAAGCUGGAGGCAAUUUAAGCCCAUCCCGUGAUAGAUUAGUGUACUUCUCAACACGCCUAAUAGGUCAUCAUGUGGAAGUCCAGGUGAAAAAUGGAUCCAUAUAUUCUGGAAUAUAUCAUGCCGCAAAUGUCGAUAAAGAUAUGGGGAUAAUCUUGAAAAUGGCUCGCAUGAUAAAAGAUGGGUCUGUUCAGUUGCAUAGGGCUAACAGUGAGUCCCUUAGCAAGGCUUUUACAAAGACUUUGGUAAUACCUGCCAAAGAACUUGUCCAAGUCAUUGCGAAGGACUUCUCUGUAGCUGGGGAUGGACUGUCAAAUGAGGUUCAAUCUGAGAAACAGCGGGAGAUCUUGAUCGACUCCUAUAUAUCACAAGCGCGUCAUGGUGAUUUGGAGAGAGAAUUAAAACCUUGGAUCCCUGAAGAAGAUGAUCCCCAGUGUCCUGAACUUGAGAAUGUCUUCGAUGCCCCAUGGGAUAGAGGGUGGGAUCAGUUUGAGGUGAAUGAAACUUUAUUUGGAGUGAAAAGCACCUUUAGUGAGGAUCUUUACACGACUAAACUCGAGAGAGGCCCUCAGAUGCGAGAGUUGGAGAGAGAGGCUUCAAGAAUUGCGAAGGAAAUAGAAGGCGAGGAUACUCAAGAUCUUCAUCUGGCAGAGGAAAGAGGAGUUCGUUUCCCCGAAAGUUUUGAUGUUGACGAGGAGACGAGAUUCUCUUCAGUCUAUAGAGGUGGGGUGGCUGAUGAUAGUGGAUAUGGAGAGGAGGAGGAUAUUCGUUUGGAUUCAUGGAAUACUGAAACAUUUGGCAGUGACCCUACUUCUGUCAUGAUUGGUUCACUUGAUGGGACAGACACUGAUGCUACUCAAGUAUCAGCAAGAUCUUCAUCCACGGAUGGGCCUGAAACUUCUCAAUCUAGUGUUGGUGCUGAUUUGUCUCAGACCGGUGCUGAUCUUGCUGUUCGGUUGCCAUCUGAAUUCACCUGCAAAAGUGUUCUUGCAUCGGAUGAUGAUAACAGGGUACAGGAGAGAUCAUUGAGUGAACAAAGAGGACAUACUGAGUUAGAUGACACUGGGAAGCUGCCACCUGCAAAGGACACCGGGAUAUCAAAAGCUGAGGAUUCCAUCUCAUUGUCGAAAGGAAAGAGUGGUUCUUCUCAUAAGGGUGUAUUGUCCAAGGCUGCAGCUCCUGCUUCUUCUACUGUUGCCUUGAAGGAUCAUAAUAAGAUAAAUUCUCGUGGUGAUCUAUUCGAGACACCUACUUUGGCAAAAAAUGGGGAAACGCAGUCCGUGGAUUCUCAUGGACGGCCUGGUAGCUCUACAUCAUCUACUUCUGAUCGUCUUGGUGUUGCAUCAGCUUCUGCUGGUGCUGGGUUGACGCCUAGUUCAUCAGUAGGAUCCUUAUCCUCUGAAAAAUCCAACUUGAACCCCCAUGCUAAGGAAUUCAGGCUGAAUCCCAAUGCAAAGAGUUUUGUCCCUUCUCAGACACCUGUUAGGCCUCUGUCCCCAGUUGCAGAUAGCUCCUUCUACUAUCCAGCUAAUAUGUCUGGGGUGCCCCAAAUGCACAGCAUGCCUGUAGGAGUUGGAAUGGGGCCUUUUGUGGGACAUCAGCCCGUAAUUUUUAAUGCACAAGCUCCCCCUGUGCAAUCACCACAAGCAUAUUUACACCCAAAUGGUCCUCAUUAUGGACAGCAUAUGCUUGUUGCCCAUCCAAGACAGUUGCCUUACAUGCCAGGCUUUCCACCGGACAUGCCAUAUAAAGGACGAGAUUUUUAGCCAGUCCCAUUGAAGGUUCGCGUUCUUGGAGGUUUCUACUGACAAAUAAUUCGGGCGACUUAGAUUCUUGGGAGUUCUGCUCACAUGAAUAAACCUUCUUCAUAGAUCUACUUGGGAAAGAAAGAAAGUUCUUUUUGUUUAAGAGCUUGGCCGUCAAUGGGGACCCCCUAAUUGUAACUUUAUUUCCAUGGCUGACCAUUGUAUGUUCCUCUCAUACCAUCAGAUAGUGGCGCGUUUCAAUUGAUGGGGACUUUGGUUUUCACUUGACAUACUUGUUGAACCUUUUCAGACGUGACGGUUUUCGAAAAUUUAUUGUAGGUGUUAAAGGAGUGUUUCUCU